AUGGUUUAUCGGUUGAAGCCUGAGGAAGUUGACUUCGAAUUGCUCAAAAUCUCAAAUGUUGAUAAGAUGAAGGUUAGCAAUUCGACCAAAUAUUGUAACCAUACUGUUGCAGCAGCUAUGCAUAUAAUCGCGGAUCAGUCAGAGAAUGUUGAACUCAAAACGACUGCAGCUUUCCUGGAGGAUUUGUCAAGAUGGUAUGACCUAACAACGUCCAGAUCAACAGAUACAUUUCUGAAUCCGAGCAACAAAGUUAAAUAUGCAGCAGAUAUUGAUCAUCUUAAUAUGAUGAUUAAACUUGUAACCGGUUUGAAGGUCGGUCUCGAAGGCUACUGGAAGCCGUGGCAAUCAACCAUUGCAAUGGCUACAGCGGCUAUUUUGAGGCUCCAAAAUACUCUCAUAGAAGAGGGAUAUAGUGAAGUGUGCACAUCCGUUCUAACUCAAGACUGCCUCGAAAGCCUUUUUGGAGUAGUUAGGACAAAACAGCGACGCCCAACGCCAUUGCAGUUCAAAAACCAUUUACGUACUAUCGCCAUCUCGCAACAUAUGCAGCCAAUAAAAAAUUCAUCUUAUGAGAUGGAUGACCAAAAAUACCUCACAGGUUUCAUGGAGUAUUUAAAUACUCAAAAACCAGGUGAACGUUCACUUUCCAAUACUGCGAAUGGUUUUGACGAUGCUGACCAGCCCGAUGUUCCCGAUCUAUCAAAUAUGGAUAUAUCUGCUACCUGUGCGCCGCCGCCGCUGAUCCUUUUUCAUACGCUGCCGCGAUCGGAUAUUUUGGACCGGCGCACCGCCGAGUCAAUUUUGUCACGCCGAUGA